AUGCCUGGUCAGUUGAACGUACUGUUAGCAGAAGCCGGUGUUCCGUACGAUAUAGUAGAAGAGAUGGACGAAAUAAACAAUGAUUUUGACGAUACUGAUGUUGCGUUGGUGAUCGGCGCGAAUGACACGGUUAACUCGGCGGCAGAGGACGAUCCGAAUUCGUCGAUUGCCGGAAUGCCUGUACUGCGAGUGUGGAAAGCGAAACAGGUUAGUCGCCUGUCUUUAUAUUUAUCAGCAAUUAAUGAUGCUUCUUCUAUCAGUUAUUUAAAGCAUUAA